GGGCGCUGGCUCCCCACUCCGCCAUAUUGGGCAGCGCAGGAUUCCCGGUGACCCGCUGACAGCCCGGUGACCCUCGUUGAGCCCAUGUCGGGCGUUAGUCUGACCCCGGGUUCCCCUGGCGUGGAGCGGGUGUCCCGGGCCCCUGGCUCCCCACGGCCCCCCGUGCAGCGCCGCCUGUUCGGCUCGGUGGAUCACGAGAGCCUGUCCCGGGAGCUGGCACGGUGCCGGCAGGAGCUGGAGAGCAAGCAGCGGCAUCGUUGGAACUUUGACUUCGACAACGACCGGCCCUUGGACGGGCCCCUGCUCUGGGAGGUCGCGGGGCCUGACGUGCCCGAAUUCUACCGGCGGGGGCCACACCCAAACCCGGGCGCACACCGCAGACGGCCCCGGGAGCCGCAGCCCAGAGCGGGCAUCGAGGAGGAGCCGGGCUCCCAGGGCAGGAAGAGGAGCGGAGAGCCAAUGGAUUCAUCUUCUAACAAUGUGAAGAAAUCCCACAGGACAGAAGCUGGAGAUACAGAGGAAAGCAGUGCAGAGCCUUCCCCUGAGGAAACGCCCAAGAAAAACAAGCCAAGCACGUAAAGGAAUGGGAUGUGCCCCAACCUCCACCAGUGCUGGCUGACUCCUGCCCACUCAGCCUGUGGACUCUGUCACUGGUGGGAGAUCCCCCGCAAGCACUGAUACAGAGUAACACUACAGAGCCUGGGCAUCAGAUGUAGCAUUUGUGCAAUUAGGCACCUUCUUCUGCUUCUCCUUACUACCUGUGUAAUCCCCAUCUCUCCCCUGUGUAGCACAUAAGACAUUUUAUUUUGUUUGAGGUUUUUUUUGUGUGUGUGUUUUUUUGUUGUCUUUUUAGGGAGGGGUGGGGUUUUUAAAAAAGGAAGGAAAGAAAAAAAAAAAAGGCGAGGUUUUGCCCUGAUCCAAGUGAAGAGAAUUGGGGCCAAUAUCGAAGAUCAUGUAAUGAUCUCUAACUUCGUCAUCCCAGGGAGGCCUGUAAAACCUUAAUUUGCACCCACAAAUCUUAUCUUGUAUGUAGUUUAUCUAUAGUGUAAAAUGCAUAUAAUCACAUUUUGUUUCCUUACUCAAUAGGGAGUAUUUGGAGUCAAUAGUGCCCUUUUUUUUUUUAAAUGAACCAGAUAACUUGGUCUUUUGUUAAUAACAAACAAAACCCUUGUCCUCAUUUUUAUGUAGGUCCUGUAAGGACAACAUAACACUUAAUAUUCUUUAAUUCCCUCACACCAUACAGGUUAACACAGCUAAUGUCACCCUGGUUAUUCGUUUACAUAAUGUAAGAGAGAAGCUCAUUCUGAGUGCCAGGGGCUGGUUCUCUGUGUGCGUAUGUGUGUUUGUCUCCAGUACUGAUCACAAAGUGUCUCCAAUUCAGCAGAAAGCUCUGAAGGAAAUCCUUAAAACUCUGGCUCGAUAAUCAUAAGCUGAUUGGUUUUGACGAACCUAAGCUAAGUGUGCCAAUCGCGGUACAUUCCUAAUAUCUCUCCAGUUUUAGGGGCAUGCUAGAAGCAGCACUAGCACCACCUGUAUUGCAUGACAUAUAUGUUUCUUUUCUUCACUAACAAAAAGAAAACGUGUUCUGAUAUACAAACUUAUCAGCACUAUAUACAUGCAAAAGAAUGCAUGGUAGGUACAUGUAAAGAUACUUAGGUGGCAGCUGCUUUUUUCCCCAAUAACAUCAUUACAAAAAUGGCACAAGAACUCAUGCCUGACUGUAAACAGUGGAAAAGUUAAAAACCAUUGCAACCAAGUUAAACACUCUUAUUUUUAGCACUUACAUUUUGAAAAUGUAGAAAAAAAAUUGGUUGUUAAUACUUUUAAUAAAUUGCAAUCUCCCUCACUCUUUUUUCCCCCCUUAAACGUAAAUUAAGAAUAGCAAAUUAUAUUCCCUGCAUUUAAAAAAAAAAAACCAUUUAUCUUUAUUCUAGGUUUAGAAGCUCUGGUGAUUAAGGCAGUUUCUAGGUUAAAGACUCAACAGGAGUAGCCGAAAUCCUCUGUUCCAACUGUGGGUAAUGCUUGCCCUGCUAAGCAUCAUAGGAAACUAUACUGGGAACAAUGGAGAACUUACAAAAGAUUUUCAAAAUAUAGACCAAAAUAGCCAAUGUGGGAAAUUCUGCAACUAUUCCCCUUUCUGUUUAUGUAUUGGCCUGAAAUUUGCUAUUAGUGAACAAAACCUGCUAAUUCCCCUCCACUGGAAUAUUAGAAAUUGUGUAUCACUGAGCCUGAGCCUAUUCAAGAACAAAAUAUACCACUUUAAACUUUUUCCAAUGUAAAUGGGUUCUGCAGUCAGAAACCCUUUUGCAUUUUCCAUCGGUACAAUAUAUAUAUAAUAAUUUUAUCUUUUUUUUUUUGUGGUCCAAGGAAUCUCAAAUCAAUCUAUGUUCUGUUUUCUACAAAGCACAAAUGGUAGUGGGUUUUAGUAUUCUCUCUAAGCAGUAACUGCUCAGCAAUGUAAUUUAUAAAGAAGGAAACAUAACUACAACUACAUCCCACAGAUUGCAUUGUACACCAUUUAUUCUUACGUGGAUUUAACUCUUUGUUCUAAGAAUUCCAUCUUAACAGUUCCGGUGCUGUUCUGUCACAAACAACUGCUUAGAGGGAUACUUUUUAUCAUGUGUAUUUGUUUUUUCAUAUAUAUGUUUUUCUCCUUCAUUUCUUUAUUUGUUCAUAUGUUUCUGGCCUCCUGGGUGAUGCAAGCUGUAAGCUCCUCAGUGUUGACUUAUUUUUCUUCUUUUGUUUAUGACUUUUUUUUUUUUUUUUUUUUUUAAAUGUGUGUACAUAUAAAUAUAUAUAUAUAUCUAUUUUUUAAUUUGUGAUAUGGUUUCAAAUUCUGGUUAUACGAACACUGGUAACAACUGUUUUGACAGAUGUUUGGUUCUAAGCUUUAUCCACUUUGGUUGAAUGGGAGCUUCUCAUGCAACAAAUUCAUUCCGUUAUUAAAAUAGGAUAUUUUAUUUGUCUCAGUGCAGCAGGUCCCCUCAGCAGGGCAAGAUUAAAUAAAAAUGAAUCCGGUUCCAUUUCUAUUCACACGCUGUGUAGGUCAAUUUCUAGAAAUGCAUCUUCCUCCUACUAGCCCCACUUCCCACUUAGGGGCUUUGAUGUAUGUUAAAAUGCCAUCAAAAAAGCAUCAGCGUGCCGUUUCAUUAAGAGGAUGGCCUUGGUGGCUAGACACCAAUUUACACUUGAUUUUUGGGGGCCUCACUAUGCAGACUCUCUUGAUGAUAGUGCUAGCGGGAGGGUGUUGUGUUGCUUGUGUAUGUAGCAUACUAAAUGAUGACCAUUUUAUGAUGGGUGAGUGUCUAUUGUGAUGUAAAAAAACAAACAAAAAAAACUGACAAAUUCUACUAACUUAUUUAUGUUAAAAGCAAAAAAAAAAGUUUAAUCUAGAUUUUUUUUUUCUUACUUUCUUUUCCAAAAAGCCAAAGUGGCAGUUUUUUGUGCAUCUGAAAAUGCCAUAUAAAUAUUUUUUUUGGUUUGUUUUUGUUUU